AAGAGAAGGGAGGGGGACAGUGAGGGAAUCACGUGAUCGUGUAGCAGCUGCAUGACUGAGAGGGCUGUUCCUGGAGGAGCGAGAACAAGACCGAGAGAACGAGAGAGAACGAGAGAUAGUGAGAGCAAGACAGAGAGGGAAUGAGAGAUAGACGGAGCGUGAAGAAGAAAGAGGGAGAGUGUGAAAGGGAAAGAGAGCGUGAGAGAAAAGAUAAUGCCAGCAGGAAGAACAGGGCCGGUAUGAACCAUGAGUCAAAGUCGCGGUCAUUAGGAAUGAUCUCCACUGCAACUCGCACCACGGCGACGGUCAGCCCUCUUACCCCGCUAGCCAACGGGAGUGUGGCUGCUCACUCCGGAUUCGCUGCCGCUCUCCGUCAACUGGCCAAACAGGCUGAAGACCCCAGAGGUUCUUCUCCCAAUAGUGAGUCUCCAGUCUCCUCUCCAGCCACCAGUCUCAGUUCUCCAGUCAACACUCCUAAGAGGGGGUUGUCAGGACCACUCCAGACCCCAAUUCGGGGACACGGCCUUCCCUCCACCCCUUCUGUAGUCACUAUCGCCCCCACUCCCACCAAGAGCGGCAGCAUUCUCUGGAGAGGAGAAGGGCGCCAGGCUGAGUUGGGUGUUCUGGGGGUGAGUAGGGAGCCUGUGGGGUCUGAGCCCAGCCUUCCUCAGGAGAAAGGGGCUCAUCCUGUCCUCUCUCCUCACAUCCUGGCUCACCCAUCCUACCCCUUCACCCUCACCCCCAGCUCUGUCAUGCAGGACCGGCGACUACAGGGCCUCAGUCUACCUGGUCUGGUACAACCUGCAGUUCACUCAGGGGCGGUCCAAGAGGAGUACCUAAGAGGACUACGCCCCUUCGCCACCUCAGAUGACCUCCGCCUGCGCUCGCUGCCCCUGGGGCUCGACCCCACCACUGCUGCCCACGUUACUGCUGCUGCUGCCUACUACCACCCUGCCUACCUCCACCACCUACACAGGAUGGAGGAGUCUUUGUGUCUUUCUGCACUACGGUCUCAGUUCUACUCUGUACCAGCAGGGGGGGCCUUCCCUCACCUCCACCCCUCUGCCCUCCACAUGCAACUGCCUGGGGCACGCUACCCUGGGGAGUUCAGCCACACACACAGUGCACUGGCUGAGAGAAUACAGAUGGAGGAAGAGCUUCGCCAACGAGAGAGGGAGCGAGAGCAUGAACGAGAGAGAGAGAGGGAGCGAGAGCUUGAACGGGAGAGAGAGAGGGAGCGGGAGAGAGAGAGGGAGACAGAGAUGGAAAGACAGAAGGAUAGGCAGAGGGAGAGAGAGAGGGAGAGACAGAUGGUGAGAGCGGUGAAGAGCCAGUACCUUGCUGGGCUGAAGGCUCUCACGGCUCUGCCGGAGGACAGGGUCAGACCUGGGGAGAGGCUGACACCUAACAGACUGGAUAAGCCCACCCUCCCUGCCCUCCCAGUACCUAAACAUCUACAGCCAGGCCUCCAGUCAGCCCCUCACCUCAUGCCCAGCCUGGUGCCCUCUCAGAUGGGGAACAGACACACUGCCUCAGCCUCUUCCGGGGGGCUCCAUGGAACACUGCUCUCUGCCAUGAUGCUCCAACAGGCCAAUGGGGACGAGCGCAGAUUGGCACGUCAACGCAGGCAGGGACAGGAGAGGGAGGUGUGGCCACCUGGGGAAGGGGUGGAGCCUAGGAGAGACAGCUACAGAUCCAACGCCAGCCAACGUGACACAGGCAACAGAGAAUCUCAACCUCACCGAGGAGCCCCGCCUCCACUCAUCUCACCCAAACCUCACCUCCUCCCCCAUCCCCCUGCCCCUUCCACCACCCUCUGGAACCCUGCCUCCCUCACUGAGACCCCCCCAGACCCCCGUUUCAGGUUUGACUCCCCUGUUCCUCCAUCUCGCUCCCCUCCUGAUCUGACCAGAAUCGAGCGGUCCCCCAGCUGGGAGAGGGGGGAGGAUGGGUGCAGGAAGAGGGGGAAGGACCCAGAGAGGCUCUCGUCUGUCAGGGGACCCAUUCUGCAGGAGCCUGGCCUCUGGGGCUGGGCUGAGCUUGAAAGAUCCACUCACAGUCUCCACCACCAUAACCACCUCCACCAGAGUGGUUCGCUGUCCGUCUCCUCCCCCAGCCCCAGCUCCAACCUAGGGGUCCAGCACCACGCCAGCUCCCCAUCUCCCUCCAUGGACCUCCAGAGGUCUGAACGGCCAGGCCAGGAGCCUCAGAACCCAGUGGUGUACGAUGAGAUCCUCCAGCAGUACCGCAGGCUGGUCAGCAAGCUGGACCUGGAGGAGAGCAGGAGGAGAGAGGCCAGGGAAGGAGGGUAUGACUAUGAUCUAGAUGAGUGGUAUGAUGACAGUGAUGAGGAGGAAGUGAGGGCCCACCUCAGAAGGGUAGCAGAGCAGCCCCCGUUAAAACUGGACACAUCCUCAGAGAAGGUGUGUUUCCUGCGUGUCUGUGGCCUGACCACGCUGGCCCAUCGUGACCAGCUGCUUCAUCAGAAGAGGAGGAAGAGGAGGAGGAUGUUGAGAGAGCGCAGCAUCUCCCCUCCAGCAGGACGAGGCAAGAGGAAGACCUCUCCGCAUCCUGCGGCACCCGCUCCCACCCUCUGCACCACUCUCACCCCAGAGGAGAUGAAUUGCUCCCCUCACCUGGAGGACAAGAAACACUUCCUCAACAUGUUCAGCCUGUCCCAUGUGACCAACCAGCAGAGGAGAGAUAAGGAGAAGAUGGAGGGGUUGUUGAAGGCUAUAAAGCUGAAGAGUGUGACGUUGGACACCAUCAGAUACAACCCAUUACCCCUCUGUAGAAGCCCCCUUGUUUCCGCAACUGGCGAAUCAAACGGACUCCACUACCAAGACUCCCCAAGCCCCUCGCCCUCCUACCCCCACCACCCCAACAACCUCCAUACAGACCCACUAAAACCAUCCACCCCUCCACCCAGCCAACCGCCUCCCCUGGCCCCCGACCCAAACAGGAAAGGACUGGGUGGAGGUCACCCAGCUAAGAGGCUCCAGUGCCUCCAGGAUGGAGGAGGCCACCCUGGCCAUCAUCCUCAACAGAAGGUGCCCCUGGCUGUGCAGAACGGGCAGAACAUAACCUGGGAAAGAUUCAUCCCGAAGGACUUCCACCAGUCUGUGUUGCAGUCUACCCACAAGACACUGAGUGGCUCCACCUGCGUUCCAGAGUCCAGUAUAAAGUCUGAGCCCUCAGUGCCCUACAACAUCCCCCCACUGAAGAGACCAGUCCUCCUCAACACAUCCCUACACCCCACCAACGGGCAUCACCCUUACCCCUCUCCAGCCCACCAUGUACACCUUGACGUACGUGAUGAGCUGUCAGAGGAAGAGGAUGAGGAGGAGGAGGAGGAGGAGGAGGGAGAAGCCCCUAGGAAGUGGAGGGGCAUAGAGUCAGUCUUUGAGGCGUAUCAGGAGUAUGUGGAUGAGCGGAGUAUGGAGAGACAGGUUCUUCACAGUCAGUGCCGGAGGCUGGAGACUCAGAACUACACUCUCAGUCUGACAGCUGAACAACUCUCACACAGCAUGGCGGAGCUGGUGAGUCAGAGACAGAGGGUGAGAGAUGAGAGAGAGAGGCUACAGGCUCAGCUGGAGCACUUCAGGAAGUGUCUGACCAUUCCCAACGUGCACUGGGGCAAGGGGCAGGCCAAAGGUCGCCCCUCCCCGGUGACCCCCUGCCCAGCUGCAGACCGACAGACAGACCGACGACCGAUGACUGAUGGAGUGAGAGAGGACACUGAAUUGUUUCCCAGUCAGAGGCAGAGGGGGAAGAGAGCUCUGGACUGGGAAGGAAGACAGGAUGAUAGAAAGGAAGGAGGGAGAAAAGGAGGACAGGCCCUGUAACCUCACAUGCCACUCUCCUAGACUUUGUCGUGUGGUCAGACUCACCACUGGUGAAAGACUGGUAGUCUAAAAGCUAGAGGACAUAGCUACAUAAGGGUAUGGCAUAAUAUUGGGACACACUUUAACCAAUCGUAGACUUUGGGAGCAGUCAUAUGUCCUCCCUUUCUCCCUCUAUGGUCUGGAAGGGUUUGGAAGCAACCAAUAGCCAGCCAACCAACCACUGAACUGAAAGGACUUGAAUCAGCCAAGAUGCACUUAAAGACCUAGAAGAGCUACUAGUGAUCAUACUAGUGACAGUACUGUUGAAACUACCUAGAACUAAACACUGUGUUGUAGAGCUUUUACUAUUCUGGAGCUUUUUUCACUUGGGUUCAUGGAAGAGCAAAAACACAGGUGCAGAAUAUUUAAGACAGUGUUUCUAUAAGGAAAUAACUGGAGGUUUUGAAAAAUAUAUUUUUAAAUCAGGUUAAAUACAUUUUUAUAGGAUUUAGAAGUCUCUGUUAUGUUUUUAAUAAUUAUGCCAUUGAUAAUGUAAAUUGCCUACCUAUUAAGCCAGAAUGUUGUAUGUUUUAUUAUUUUAAUUAUUGUUAUUUAAAAGCCUGCUUUAGAAUAAACAUUUGGGGUAAAAACAAGAUGCUUGGGAUAAUUUUGUGCUGUUGCUGGCCAGUAUGAAAUAUUCACAGAGAAGUAAACAUUUUAGAACCGCUGUAUGUUAAAGGCGCUCCAUAAAAGUUGUGUACUAUGUCAUCGCGUAAUUGCUCUCGAGCCCCUGCAGCUGUGCACAAAGACAUGCACGUGCUUGGGCUUACUCUACAACCUCAUUGGACAAUGCCAUGUCAAUCUGAUCCCAUUUUAAACAGUUUGGGGAGGUGAGAAAGAAGUACCCUGGAGCUGGUCCUUUCCGUUCUGCCGCCCUAGGGGAAACCAAAAAAUGCUGCCCCCUGCAAAACUAGAAUAAUCCCCGUAAGCAAAAUGACAUUGAAAAUAAGUAUUUUCUAGACGUUGAAGUUAGGGUAAAUGUAGGUUCUGAAUAAAAGGUGAAAAUGUAUUUUUCGUAUGUUUAAAAUACAUAUUUUCCAGGAUGUUGAAAAGGCGUGUUUUCUGGACGUUGAAAAAUAUGUAUUUUCCGGACGUUGAAUUCAGGUACAUUUUUGGUUUUAAAUUAAAGUUGAAAAGAGGUCAUUUAUAGACGUCUAUGUUUGGCUCAAAUCAAGGCUGGUCCAUAAAUGUAUGUCUGUGGACGUUGAAAUCAAAUCUGAACCAAACAUAGACGUCUAUGAUUUGUUCAGAUUUGGUCUGGACCGGACCAAAAACCAAUGUCUGUGGCAAUCAAGGCUGGUCCAGACUGCCCCCCAAAAAAAUGUCCAAAAGGCGUCGCCGUCGGUCAUUGCUUACUGAGGUGUAGCCUGAAAUUGAAUUUUAUGAAUGUCCAUCUAUGUGGUAAACCUACCCUUUAAAAUUAAAAAAAGACAUCAAAAGACGUUGGCUCGUGCUUACUGGGGUGUAGCCUACCAUGUCAGCCACAAUGGAAUUUUAUAAAUGCUCAUUCAUGUGGUAGGACCACCAUUUGUAAAAACAGGCUGUUGUAUUGGCUUUAUUAGUCCUGAUUCCUGUGAAUAAUCAAUUUGGCUAUUUAAAUUCUGUAUAUCAGCUACUCAACUUUAUCAGGAGUUAUCGUGAGCCUGUUUGCAAUGUGUUUACACGGCGGGGAAAGCAGAAUGAUUUUCUUUUUCACUAUGACCAGCUUGUACAGAUACAAACUUUAAACCAUUGAUCAUGACAAAGGGGUGAAACUCCUGGACAACAGCUGUGAUUGUCCAUUCCAUUUUGUCCAUUUUACUUUGUUUGACCUGUCCUGUUUUUAGGAUAUGUUGUUUGUUAAAAUUACAGCACAUAUUUUAUUAGAUUUAGCACCAUUUAGGUUAGUUAGGCAAUUUGAUCGGAGAAACCUACAUGAUGUAAAAAAAAGUGUCCGUCUCAUUACAUUGUCUUACGUUUUAUAUCUCCAUUCCUUGGCCUACAGAAAUGGCUACAUACCCUAUCUACCAUAUCUUAUAUCUGCUACAUGAUUUAUGUUCGAUUCUUUUUUUUGACGGAACGUUGGUGGAGCGCUGCAGCGAUGAGUCUCUCCAACAGCACCCUGGAGAGGCACGCUGGGAAUGAGGAAGCAAAAUAUUGUUCGCCCCUACCUUUGACAAAGUGGGCACUGCUUAUCACAGGGUGGAAUCAGCGAUCACCUAAAUAUCCCACUGGUUGAGAGAAAUUGUCAUUGUUUUGGGGCAGAAUUAUGUGAGGUUUUAUGUAUUGUUGCCGCCCUCGUCAAUCUAGCCUAAUCCCGCCUAAUGAGCGGGCAGAUGGCUGUGCGCUGGAGGCGGGGGACACGAAGGGUAAUAUUUCGAUAAUGAUAGCUAUUUUAUCUUCUUUUAAACUGAGUCCCAGCCACAAUCACCUCAUAACCUGUCUGUCAUUGAGCCAUCUUCUGCCACAGGACAGAAAUGACAAAUAAAAGUCACCCAGCUAAUUGUAAACAGAUGGUCCCCAUGCUGACACAGGUUUACCACAGAGACCUACUGCACAUUUUAGUAAUGACGGGUCAUCUCUCUACAUCCUAUUGACUUUAGAGGAACUCAGCCCUUUCCAUUGUAGAUACCCAGUCUAACCCCAAAGUCUGCCCGCUCUACCUCACGCCUAACCUAGCCUACCUACAGUACAUAACCACUAUCUGCCCCCCCCCCCUUCCCCCACAACAAAUGAAAAACAAAA